AUGGACGCCUCGUUGAUUGGGGUUAUGACCAACUUGGCUGCAGAAAAGUCUGACGCAGAGAUCCACGGCGCCGUAGAAGGCCUUCGACGCGCUGUACUCGCCAGUUUCGCCAACGAACCAAUUACAGUCUGUAUGGACAACACUUCUGUCAUCGACUGCAUAGGAACAACAGCAUCAAACUCCUCACAGGCCUAUUUCAGAGCCUUUCAGAAGAUAGGAGACAAAUAUCCAUACCGGGUAUCUAUUCAAUGGUGCCCAGGACAUAGCAACAUAUUCGGAAACGAGCUGGCAGACCUUCUCGCCAAGCAAGGAGCCAAUCUUCCAGUUCCAGAACACCUCCCCUCAGUCUCCUACCGCAGGAGACAGGUCAAGAGUUAG